GCUCGUAAUAAGAGAACAAAUAUGGGUCACGCAGCAGCUGCCAACAUCGUGGUGGUCGCUGUGGUUGCGGCGAUGCUCCUCGCGGCGGCGCACACCGCGGACGCCGCCAUCAGCUGCGGCCAGGUGAACUCUGCCUUGGGACCCUGCCUCACCUACGCGCGCGGCGGCGCUGGCCCGUCCGCAGUCUGCUGCAGCGGCGUCAAGAGACUCGCCGCUGCCACCCAGACAACUGCCGACAGGCGCGCCGCGUGCAACUGCCUCAAGAUCUAUGAAGCACCGAUACGCGGGUUCAAGGCCGGCAACAUCGCCAGCAUCCCGUCCAAGUGCGGCGUCAGCGUCCCCUACGCCGUCGGCGCCUCUGUCGACUGCUCCAGGGUGAGCUGA